AUGCGACCCCCGUUUUAUACCUACCCCCUCGGGGGCGGAGGCAGGGUUCCUGGGACAGACAGCAAAUGUGCACUUCGUCCUUCCAGAAAACACAGAGAGCCAGGAAAACACGCCUGGCUUUUGCCUGGAGUUGCCUUUCGGUCCACGCCCCGUGCAGCACAGACAGAGCCAGCAGUCCCCUCUCGCCCUCUGCCCCCUCUGCCAUCCUGGCCUCUGUGCUCUCCGAUGAGCCUCAUUAGAGGAGGCGCGGGUCCUUGGGUCUGCAGAGCAGAGAAUCUACAAGACACAUCCCACUUCUCUGGCUAAUACUGACCCUCUCUUACAGCACAUUCCAGAGUCUCUUUAUAUCAGUAACCUAUCUCCCACGCCUUUCACACACACCCUCCGGGCCCACCUGAACGAACCGGGCAGAGUGGGGAGGCGACGGGCACCCCACCCUACCACACGAGCUGGAGAAACCGUGUCCUGAAACCUAGCAGGACUUGGCCGGGACACAAGAGCCAGAGAGUAUGACCCAGGCAGGCCUCUGCAGGCCCCAGGCUCCUUGCUCCUGGUCCCCAGACAUGGCAAAGCCGGCCCCGGGCACCCUGACUCCUCCCGUGCCCGUAACUGGCUUGGCCUCGGCCCAUAAACUGUGAUGUCAGGAUCAUUGCUGAGCCGUGAAACAGUUAAGAAACAUCCUGCCCCACUGGCUGCCGCGCUCAUAAAGGUAGGUCCACGUGUACUUCCUGGUGGCUCCAGACAGAGGCUUGCUCAUUUGCCCACACCCAGUGGAGAGAGAGGCAGCAGCAGGCAGGACCGCCACCCUCCCAUGCAAAUCAGGCCUGGGAGUGCCGCUGGGCUCUGGGGCCAUGCUCCCGGGGGGGCCCUGGGGAAGAUGCAGCCCCGGCCGCUGUGCGCUCCUCCUCGCCUUGGCCCUCCUGCUCGACGCCCUGGGCCUGGUGCUCCUGCUCCUGGGCAUCUUUGCGUCGCUCGAUUACUGGGACUUCUUGGUCUACUCUGGGUCCCUGAUCAUGGCUUUCAGCCUCCUGUUCUGGAUCAUCUGGUACUCCCUCAACAUCAGGCUGCCUCUUGAGAAGCUGGACUUGUAGUGCACCUGUUGGCAGAGGAGAGGGAACACAGGCUUCCUAUGAACCUGGGGCUGCUGGCAAUCGGAGGAGCGGGGACAUGCUGCUCCCACCCAGAAUUCCCCCCCCCACCCUCCUCCAGGGAGCAGAAACAUCGAUGUGAGAGAGAAACAUCCAUCGGCCGCCUCCUGCACGCACCUUCACCGGGGAUCGAACCCCAAACCUUUGGGUGCACGGGACAAUGCUUCAACCAACGGAGCCACACCAGCCAGGGCAGGACUCAUCCUUUUAUAAGGGGGGGUAAGGUUAAACUCCCCACAAAUAUACACACUCACACCAUACUCAUAUGUCAGCACUUCCUCCACACACACACCCUCAUGUGACACACCCAUAUUCCCCAUAUACACCUCAGAAACACGUGCACACUCUCACAAACACACACCUUCAUGUGACACACCCAUAUUCCCCAUAUACACCUCAGAAACACGUGCACACUCCCACAAACACACACCUACCUCUCCCAUUGCCCACACACAUCCACUCUGUGCACAGAUCCACUCUCCCCACACACCCAUAGUCUCACCUACUCCUACACACACAUCAACACCCCCCACACAGCACACGAUCCUCCCCCACUGCCCACACAUACACACCAACACACCCCCACAUAAAAACCUCACACCACAUCCACCCUAUUCACACACACACACAUACACACACACAGCCCCUCUCCCCUGCCACACACAUGCCAAACACAAACCCACACAAACGCACCAUCCCAGCAACCAAAGCUGAGCGGUGGGCUCAAAGCCUUGAGCUGUGAGGGAGGCUUGCUCCUGGCCCCACUCGACUCUUCACACACACACACACACACACACACACACACACACACACACACACGCCUCUCUGCCCACUGAGGGGAGGGGCCGGGGCAGCUGCCAAGUCUGCCCCGUGGGUGAGAGGCCUCCUGCUGGGGCUGCGAGGGCCCACAUUUCUCCCUGGAGGCAUUUGCACUCUCGAGGGAGAGAUAAAGCAGGUAUGCAGCACCUCACAAAGUACACAGAAAAUGGAAAGUGCGUGCCACGAGAUAAGCACGGUCUUGCACGGGCUCUGAGAGCCAAGCCCAGGAAGAGAGCCUCCCGCCAGGUGGGGAGGGGCCACCUGUGGUGUCAGAAGCCUGGCCUGGUCCUGAGGUGACAGGCAGAGGUGGCAUCUGGGCCGAUGCAGAAGGGGAAGACUUAGAGUGUCCUGGGAGAGUGAGCAGGAGUGGCUGGGGUUGGGGGGCUCCCUGGAGGACUGAGAUGCGGAUCCUGACGCUGGGAAAGCAAGAAAGGGCCUUCGCUAACUUGAGGGGCUGGAGAGGGACGGGGCUAGGCUUUGCCGGGGGAGGGGGGGCGGGGAGAGUAGCUGGGUGUCUAGUGCGGGAUGGGCUGGAGAGGAGAGGGAGGGGAGAGGGAGACCAUGGGAAGCUCAGGUGGCAGGUGAGAGAGUGGCCUGAAAUGAUGGCGUGGGAAGGAGAGGAGGCGCAGGGACAGCGUGAGCAGAGGACAGACAGGACCCACAGGUGUCCUCACAGCUGCAGACAGCAUUGCCGCCCACAGACGAGGGGCGUCAGGAGAAGGCACGGGUUUGGUUAAAAUGAUGCAUUUUCCUUCGCACAUGCGGAGUUGGAGAUGGAAGUGGUAUUUAUGAACAGAACUACCUAAUUGGAACCGAAUGCACAGAUUUUAAACUCAGGAGGGAGAACAGGCCUGGAGAUGGACGUCGGGGCUGCAGGAAUGGAUGUGGAGGAGAUGGUAGAGGAUGUAGUUUGCUGCCCUGAACUAGCCAUGGCUACUUCCCACAGGAGCCGAGGUCCCCUCUGAUGGAGACGCCUCAGAGCACGAGGCCCGUCGUGUGCCAGGGUGCAGGGGUGCCAGAGGCUGCACCGAGAAACAUUCCAGCAGCCACCGGCAUGCCCAUGAACGGCCGUGAUGCCAGGCUCCGUCCAGACUCCGGCGCCCUGUCCCAGUCUACUGACGCCCCUGCCGUGCCCACCUGCCCCAGAAGGGCCUGGGCAGCCUCCGAGUUCUCCCACUGGAGCUCCCAUGGCAGCAACCCUGCUGAGGGCUUAGACACCAGCAGAGAAGUCCCGUCCCCGCUGCUCCUCCGGCCAACGUCCUUUUAAAGACUAGCGAUUGGAACCAAGCACCGAUGUCCACAUGGCAUCCCCCGAGCAUCGCUCACACCGCACCCCGGCACCCCCUCCUCCUCAGCUCUGACUGCUGAGCCCAGCGGGCUCCCCUCAUCCAUCUCUUGGCCCCAUCCCCUUGGCACAGGGCAGCAGAUGUCAGCAUGUUUCUUGCAGAAGCAAAUGCAUAGCCAAUGUUGGGCAAGAGGCCAUGCUCCACAGUGCUGGACGCUGGGUGCUGUUACACAGCCCCACCCGCACGCACAGCCCGGCCACACGGUCGGCCCACGUGGAGCUCAGCAACUGAAACCCUCGGGGCGUUUUCUAAUAAGCAAGCGAGGCCUCCGCUAUGCUGCCCAGGCAUUAUUUAUUUCUCGAUCCCCAGAGCAGGACUUUAUUUUUAUCUUCAUUCAAUUUCAUCUAGUCAGAUGCAGCCCAACCACAGAGACUUGGGGACCACCCUCUGGAGGCUGAUCGGCUGUGCUCUGCUUGCCACUGUGCUCUGCUCACCACUGUGCUCCAUAAUUUAUGUAUCCUGGCCUACUUUUGUACCUUUUAUUUAUAUUUCACCCUAAAAGUGUAUGUGUCUCAUAUACGCUGCCUCAGCCCUCGUAUGGUAUGAUCUGAAUAAAGAAGUUGACGUGG